GGUAGUUUAGUUGACGCAAGGAAAACAUCUCAAAGUUGUCAUUUUUAAAAACGUUACAUGAGAAAGUUGUAUCCUCUUCGUCGUGUCACAUAAAUAAAAGUUUAAUUACAAAAAUAAUUAUAUUAUUUAUCAAAGAUAUAUAUUUUUUGCCGAUAUAAUGUUAACUAAUUUGAUUUUUCUCUUUGGAAUAAUGUUUUCAUCUGUAUUUAUAAAUGCUUUAAAUACGAAAGAAUUAGUAAUUAUAAUCUUAAGUCAAAAAGAAGGUUAUCAUGUCGCGCAGGCUGAACUUUUACAACGAAGUAUAGAGGAGCAAGCCAGCAAUAUAGAUUCUGAUGUACCAAGUAUCGUACUAACUCAUCAGUUAGAUAUUAAAGGGUCAUGGACAGUCAUACCGUUAUUAAAUUAUUUAUCAAAUAAUUAUCCAAAUACAAAGUGGUAUUUCUUCUGUUUAGAAAAUACAGUUGUUAAUUUAAGUAAAUUGCUAACUGUAUUGUUUUCCUUUGAUUCUAACCAGGAAUUAUGGAUUGGACACGCUUUGUAUGACAUUAAACCUACUAUCAUUCAUCAUUUUGCUACACAUAACAAAAAAUUUAAAUAUCCCCAUUUUACUACCGGAUUCGCAUUGACUUCUAAACUCUUAAAUAGAAUAGCACAGGAAGUUUUGCUUGAAUUAUAUAUCAGCAAUGAUUUUUCUAUUGACCCUGCUUACGAAUUAGCAGAUUAUAUUUUAAAAAGCAAAAAGCCUAUUAAAUUAACUCACGUUCCUGAGCUAUGCGUUGUUUCUACCAACUAUUGUGCGACAUACCCUAGAAUCUUUCAUCCAUGUGCCACAAAAAUUUCUUUACGAAAUAUAUAUUUCGCAGUAAAAACUUGUUCCAUGUAUCACGAUAAAAGAAUCCCCAUUAUUAAAAAUACAUGGGCAAAAUAUGCUGUAAAUAUCGGAUAUUUCAGUGAUCAAGCUGAUAAGAACUUAUCAGAAGCAUAUGUUGUAACAAAUACCACAAAAGGACACUGUGCUAAAACUUAUGAUAUUUUAAAAGAAGUUGCUAAAAUAUUGAAAAGUAAAAAUCUUGAUUGGUUAAUCAUAAGCGAUGACGAUACUAUUUUCAGUGUGGUACGAUUAAUGAGUUUACUAACAUGUUACUAUCCCAAAAUUCCAAUUGCUAUUGGUGAACGUUAUGGUUAUCAAGUACGAGAUGAAUCAUUUGGAUAUGAUUAUUUAACUGGAGGUGCUGGAAUUGUUCUAUCUGCGCCUCUUGUUUAUCAAAUAAUAGAUUCCGGUGUUUGUAAAUGUCCAUCAUCGAGUACACCAGAUGAUAUGUUUCUUUUUGGCAUAUGUUUACACAGACUGGGCAUACAACUUACACAUUCUUAUUUAUUUCACCAGGCUCGUCCUGUGGACUAUGCUACUGCUUAUCUCGCUUCACAAGAACCCAUAUCUUUUCAUAAAUUCUGGGAGAUUGAUCCUAUAAAACUAUAUAAUCAAUGGUUCUCUGAAGCAGAUAGUUCGCUUUCUAAAAAACAUACCGAAUUAUAAGACUGAUAUUCAACACGAAUUCUUAAAUCUCAAAUAAACAUCUAUGUUAAAAUUAUUUCACUCAUAUAAGAUCAUUUUUUUAUAUGAAAUCAUUAUGUAUAGAAUGUAAUAAUAAAUACUUCAAUAAAUAA